AUGUCCUCAUUAAAGAAUGUCCUUUAUUUCCAAGCUGGACUUGGAGUCCUUGCCAAUGUAUUUCUCGUUUUUUUCUAUACUUUCAUAAUUCUAGUUCAUAAAUCUAAGCUCAUGGACCUGAUCUCCUGUCAGCUGCCCUUCAUCCACAUAAUGCUGGUCCUCACUGGAGGGGAUAUGUGGCUUACAGAUAUAUUUCAGUCACUGAACAAGGCAAGUUUUUACAUACACAGAAUGAUGAGAGGCCUCUCCAUCUGCAUCACCUGUCUCCUGAGUGUGUUUCAGGCUGUCACUGUAAGUCCCAGUACCUCUUUGCUGGCAAAAUUUAAAUAUAAACUAAAAAAAUACAUGAUCUAUGCUUUCUUCUAUAUGUGGUUUCUCAACUUGUCAUUCAGUACCAACCGGAUCUUCUAUGUUGGAGCUUUUACCAAUGUCAGUGAGACCAACCAGAUGAGGAUCACCAAAUAUUGCUCACUCUUCCCCAUGAACUACAUCAUCAGGGUGCUGAUUUUAACAGCAACAACCUCCAGGGAUGUAUUUCUUGUAGGAGUUAUGCUGACCACAAGUGCAUACAUGGUGAUUACCUUGUUUAGACAUCAGAGGCAGUGCAAAUAUCUUCACAACCCUGUCAGCCACCUGAGAGCAUCCCCUGAGAAAAGGGCCACCCAGACCAUCUUGCUGCUUGUGGUUUUAUUUGUGGUCACAUACUGGGUGGACUUCAUCAUCUCAUCUACCUCAGGUCUAUUAUGGAUGUACCACCCAGUCAUCCUGACUGUUCAGAAGUUUGUGGUGAAUGCCUAUCCCACAAUUACUCCUUUGGUCCAAAUCAGUUCUGAUAACAGAAUAAUCAAUAUGCUGAAAAAUUUACGGUCAAAGUGCCACCAGAUUUUUUUAAAUGUGUAUUUUUUUCUUGUUUAA